CUCUUCCAUUUUAGUAAUUUACUUCAUUUUUUCGAUUUUAACGAAAAAAAUGGAAUCUUUUUUCACUCCCUUCUCACAAUAUUCCUUCAUAUAAAAUGGAAAGAAUUUCCUUCAUGGUUCUACUACUAGUUGCAGUAUAGUAUUACUAGCUGUACAUUCUUCAUUUUUCUCAGCGUAUUUAAGGCCGUUGAAAUAACUUUGAUUGAGGAAAAAAAGCCUUACAGAUCUGUAUUUAGUACACUUACCAUUUCUUCAACAUUACCCAAUUUUCAUUUUCCACUCAGACAAGUCUUUGGUCACCGUGGGACUAAGUUGGGUCGAAUUUCCUGUUUUGUUGCUGAGGUGGGUUCUGUCUUACCCAUUGAAUUGCUAUAAGAUUUGUGCUGAUAGAAAUGCGCGGCGCAGGCGGAACGGUGAAUGGUGGUGGUGCAAUUGAUCCGAGAACCCUGCAUUUGAAGAAAGAAUUGACGCAAAUUCGGAAGGCGGUCCGCGUGUUAAAGGACCCCGGGACCACCUCCUCAUGGCGGUCCCCACAUAAUUCAGCGAGAUCCCUUGCCAAGAACCACCAUUUUCACCAUCACAACAAUGGCGGUCGCCACUCAAUUGAUGACUACGUCAUUCGUUCUUCCUCUCAACAACUGUUUCAACUCCCUUCGCAAGUUGAUAAUGUUAAUAAUUGUAUUAACAGCAAUAGUGCCAACAAUAAUGGCAAUGUGAAUGUCGUAAAAAAAGAGAGAAAAGUGUUUCUGCAUAAUUGGAGGCGUCAAAAAUCUGAAAGCGAAAGAAGUAGACAGAUUGCUGAGAAUGAUGUUGAGAAUGCUAAGGAUAAGAGGUCAUCUUCGACAGCGGAGGAGGAGAAUAUAGAUUUCGAUAGCUCGAUUGAUGCGCGUAAUGGUGGUGCAAAUGAUUCCAACAGCGAUACUUGUUUGAGUGACAGGUAUGCUCCUGCAACUGCUAAGUGCAAAGGUACCAAUUAUAGGCCUUCUAUUAGGCGCAAAAAUAAGAAGUCGAGGAGAAGUAAUAAUACUAGAGCCAGUUUGAGGCACCAUAAUAAAAACUUGAAGAAGCAGAACUUGUCGAGUAGAGAUGCAAAAUAUAUAGCGGAGGGUAUGUCUGAUCUGGGUUUAGAAAGGGGACAUUUGGCGAGUUUGGUGGAUCAGUCUGAUGAUACUGAAGAUUUUCGUAAUUCUGAUAGUUUAAGGAGGGAGUCUGCCAUUUCACCAUUGCUUGUUAGGCAUCAGAAUAAGGAUUGGGUUCAUUCACCAUCAAAGUUGAAGAGUCGUAGAAAAGAUGAUGAUUCUAUUUCACACACUACACCUACAUUUUAUAAAUAUGGUGUUACGAAUCCUAGUACCAUUGAGUCUUGGGAUGCUACCACGGCAUCUUUAAAUGAUGCAGAUGAUGAGGUGGAUGACCACUUGGAUUUGUCAGGGAGAUCAGGCUGUGGGAUUCCUUGUUAUUGGUCAAAAACAUCGAUGCCAAAGUUUAGAGGGAAUGGCAGUGGUUCACCAUCUCUUUCUGAUUCUUUAAGGAGGAAAGGAAGCAGCAUUUUUUUCGGAAGUCAAUCCUUGUCUCAAAGAAGACAUCAUCGGUCCUCUUUGGGGUCCAAUAAGAGGAGACCGAGUUCAAGGCCUGCUGCUAAAGGUCUUGUUCCUUUGCUUAGCGCUGACAGCCUAGGAGAAUCAUCUAUGGGAAGUGAGAGAAGUAAUAAUGAGCUUACCACAAAUUUUGGAGAGCUUGAUUUGGAGGCGAUGAGUCGGUGGGAUGGAAGGAAGUGGUCUACAAGUUGUAGGAGUCAAAAAGUGUUCGCUCAAGUAGCUCUGAAUGAGGAAAUGCACGAGGAAAGUUCUCCAGAAAAUAUCAAAAGCCUUAGCCAGAAAUAUAGGCCAAUGUUUUUCGAGGAAUUGCUCGGGCAGAAUAUGGUUGUUCAGUCACUCAUGAGUGCGAUUUCAAAGGGGAGGAUUGCCCCUGUUUAUCUUUUCCAAGGUCACCGUGGGGCUGGAAAAACAUCAACUGCAAGAAUUUUUGCUGCUGCUUUGAAUUGCCUAGCUACUGAAGAGACUAAGCCCUGUGGUGUCUGCAGGAAGUGUGCUGAUUUCAUAUCUGGCAAGAGCAAGGAUCACAAUGAAGUUGAUGUUUCUAAAAAAAAGGGAAUCAAUAGAGUCAAAAAUCUUUUUAGAAAUCUGUCAGGGGUUUCCUCAUCAGCCAUUUUGCAGUAUAAGGUUUUUAUCAUUGACAAGUGUCACUUACUGCCCUCAAAGACAUGGCUGACAUUUCUUAGAUUUCUUCAGAAACCAUUGCCACGUGUCGUAUUCAUACUCGUUACAACUGAUUGUGACAAUAUUCCCCGUAGUAUAUUGUCCAGGUGUCAAAUGCACCUCUUCAACAAAAUUGGCAACGGUGACAUUAUUACCCGAUUGAUGAAAAUUGCCACUGAUGAGAAGUUAGAUGUUGAUGAUAAUGCAUUAGAUUUGAUUGCUUCAAAUGCAGAUGGUUCACUGCGAGAUGCAGAAACAGUGUUAGACCAGUUAAGUUUGUUGGGAAAAAGAGUCACUACUUCCUUGGUAAAUGAACUUUUUGGCGUUGUUUCUGAUGAGAAACUACUUGUCCUACUGGAGUUAGCCAUGUCGUCAAACAGCACGGAGACAGUGAUGCGAGCCAGAGAAUUGAUGGAUUCAGGGGUUGAUCCAAUAGUUCUAAUGUCUCAAUUGGCGGCCCUUAUUGUAGAUAUUAUUGCCGGAACUUACCCAAACAUUGAUGCCAAGCUCAAUAAUUCAUUCUUUGGUGGAAGAAGUUGUAAGUGCUACUCUACUCAUUCUUUCUGGAGGUUCCACUUUGAGUUUUAUGAUGGUAAAUAG